AUGCAUGACCCGAGUGUGACUCAGACCAGCGUGGCUGCCAUCAACUGUAGCACUGAUGCUCCCCCGUGCACCCCGAACUACGAAGAGGACCGCGUGCCCCUGGUGGUGCUUUACAGUGUGGUGCUGGUCAUCGGGCUGCCUGCCAAUAUCGCUACUGUCUACCUGACCUUCCUCCAGGUGUGCCGCAAAAAUGUCCUGGGCAUCUACCUGUUGAGUCUGUCCGUGUGUGACCUCAUGUACCUCUGCACCCUGCCCAUGUGGGCCAACUACGUGAACGCGGGCCACCAAUGGCGCUGGAGCUCAAUGGCUUGCAAGGUGACGGGCUACUUCUUCUUCAACAACAUGUACAUCAGCAUCUUCCUGCUGUGCUGCGUCUCCAGUGACAGAUACGUGGCCGUGGUCUACGCCGUGGAGUCGCGCGGCCUUCGCCGACAGAGACUGGCGGUUGCAGUUACCGUGGCCAUCGUCUUGGUGGUGUUCGUGGGCCACGUGCCGGUGUUUACCAUGCCAGAGGGCGAUGCGGCAGAGGGGCAGCGGCGCUGCUUCGAGCCAGGCAAGGGCACGUCCACCGUGACGGGUUUCAACUAUGCCCGCUUCGUCAUUGGCUUCCUGUUCCCCCUGGUUGUGCUGGUGGUUACUAACCGUGCCAUCCUGGCCAACGUGCAGGCUAGCACAGGGCUACGGCAGUGCCAGAAGGAGCGGGUGCGCUACUUGGCGUUCGCCGUGGUGGUCCUCUUCCUGGUGUGCUUCGCGCCAUACCAUGUCAUUCUGCUGCUGCGCGCAGUCACCUUCCACUUCACCGAGCUGCAGAAGUGCCAUUUCCAGGAAAGCCUCUAUACCCCUUACACUAUCUCCCUGGGCCUGUCCACCUUCAACAGCGCCAUCAACCCCAUCCUCUAUGUGCUUUCCAGCGACAACAUCCGCAAGGAGCUGCGUCGCGGCCUUGCAGGCCUCCGGGGGCGGGCCACCCUGCGGCCGCGUUCCACCGACAGCAGCCAGCACAAGAUGCACAACUCCAAGAACUCGUCAGAAGUGGCGGCCGCCACACAAGAGGCGGAAAAGCAUGGUCGUUGAUGGCAGAGGAAGGUUAGGGGUUUGAUGUUCAGUAUAUAUGCUCAAACUAUGGGAGCCAGAGGGAUAUGCAGGUGUGACUACUGAAGGAACCCUGGACUGGUGACUUGCAGGUACUCUGGAAUAUUAAACAGACUCAGCAUAGAGCCAGGUGGAACCCCAAACAUAGCAAGAGCAAUGGGGGACGAUGUAAUCCAUCUAUCCCAGAAUCUGACUAAGGAAAUUAUAUAAUUGAAACGGUUCAAGCAGGGGCAUUGUCUCCCUAUAGAUGGCAUCAUUCUAACAAGACUCGCAGUUGCCAG